AUGCUCCGCCCCUCGCCUCGCCAUGCUCCACUAGGCAGCCAAUCAUGCUCCGCCCCUCACCCUCGCCAUGCUCCACCAGGCAGCCGAUCAUGCUCCGCCCCUCACCCUCGCCAUGCUCCACCAGGCAGCCAAUCAUGCUCCGCCCCUCACCCUCGCCAUGCUCCACCAGGCAGUCGAUCAUGCUCCGCCCCUCGCCUCGCCAUGCUCCACCAGGCAGCCAAUCAUGCUCCGCCCCUCACCCUCGCCAUGCUCCACCAGGCAGCCGAUCAUGCUCCACCAGGCAGCCGAUCAUGCUCCGCCCCUCGCCUCGCCAUGCUCCACCAGGCAGCCAAUCAUGCUCCGCCCCUCACCCUCGCCAUGCUCCACCAGGCAGCCGAUCAUGCUCCACCAGGCAGCCAAUCAUGCUCCGCCCCUCGCCUCGCCAUGCUCCACCAGGCAGCCAAUCAUGCUCCGCCCCUCACACUCGCCAUGCUCCACCAGGCAGCCGAUCAUGCUCCGCCCCUCGCCUCGCCAUGCUCCACCAGGCAGCCAAUCAUGCUCCGCCCCUCACCCUCGCCAUGCUCCACCAGGCAGCCGAUCAUGCUCCGCCCCUCGCCUCGCCAUGCUCCACCAGGCAGCCGAUCAUGCUCCACCCCUCGCCUUGCCAUGCUCCACCAGGCAGCCAAUCACGCUCCACCUUUCACCUCGCCAUGCUCCACCAGGCAGCCGAUCAUGCUCCGCCCCUCGCCUUGCCAUGCUCCACCAGGCAGCCAAUCACGCUCCACCUUUCACCUCGCCAUGCUCCACCAGGCAGCCAAUCACGCUCCGCCCUUCGCCUCGCCAAGCUCCACCAGGCAGCCAAUCACGCUCCACCUUUCACCUCGCCAUGCUCCACCAGGCAGCCAAUCACGCUCCACCCCUCACCUCGCCAUGCUCCACAAGACAGCCAAUCACGCUCCACCCCCUCACCCCGCCACCCUCCACCAGGCAGCCAAUCAUGCUCCACCCCCUCGCCCCGUCACGCUCCAGCUUGCGGGAUGCACGGUAGGAGUCCACGCUCCUGGUCUGAUUGGUGGACUUAAGGCUUGUGUUCAGGGUCGCCAAUCGCACGAAGAUUAA